AGAGAGCUGUGAUCUCUCUAUCUUCUCCUGCAGCUAGAUUCCGGCAGCUAUAGCACUGACAUCCAUGGCGUCUUCAAAUUACAACCAUGAUCAGGUUAAAGCUGCAGGUCUCUUCGAGAGGUUUUGGGGGAAGAUAGUCAGGUUUGGCUUGAUGUUGAAGAAACUAGGGCAGGAUGAUCCGAGAAGAAUCGUUCAUUCAUUCAAAGUGGCUCUUGCUCUUACAUUGGUGUCCGUGUUAUUCUACUUUGAACCACUCUUUGAGGGUUUUGGUAUUGCUGCUAUGUGGGCAAUUCUUUCUGUUGUGGUCGUUUUCGAAUUUUCUGUUGGUGCAACAUUAGGACGAGGUUUCAAUAGAAUGUUGGCAACUAUAGUAGCUGCUGCUCUUGGUAUUGGAGCUCACAGAUUAGCCACUCUCUCUGGAAAUCAAGGAGAGCCUGUACUAAUUGCUCUCUUUGUCUUCGUAGAAGCUGGAAUAGUGACAUUCUUCAGAUUCAUUCCCCAAAUGAAGGCAAGAUACAAUUAUGGGCUGCUGAUAUUCAACUUGACAUUCUGCCUAGUAUCGGUGUCUGGCUAUCGCGACGAUGAGGUUAUACGAAUGGCAUUCGAGAGGGUAGGUACCAUCAUCAUCGGAAGCUGUAUUGCUGUAGCUGUUUGUGUUUUAAUUCGUCCAGUAUGGAUUGGAGUGGAACUUCACAAUCAGAUCGCUACCAACAUGGAAAAGCUUGCCAAUUUCUUAGAAGGAUUUGGAGAUGAAUACUUCAAAUUGAAUGAGAAUGGGCAGACCAGAGACCAGUCAUUGAGUCUUCAAGGAUACAAAAGUGUUCUAACUUCAAAAGGCAGUGAAGACACUAUGGCUAAUUUGGCAAGAUGGGAACCACGCCAUGGGUGGUUUAGUUUUCGUCAUCCAUGGAAUCAAUACUUGAAAGUUGGAAACCUAACUCGCCAUUGUGCAAUCAAAAUUGAAGCUCUCAACAGCUACCUUACCUCUGAAACCCAAGCACCCCCAGAAGUUAAGAGCAUAAUACAAGGGCCAAGCAUGAUUAUAAGCUCAGAGUGCGGAAAAGCAUUGAAGGAGUUAGCAACCUCAAUGAAGAAGAUGAUCAAAUCAUCCUCAUACGAGCCUCACAUUGCAAACUCAAAAGAAGCCGCGGAAGAACUCAAGGUUGUUAUAAGGUCAAGCUUGUGUAAGCAUUCAGCUGAUUCCCUACAUAUUAUACAAGAAGGUGCAGUGGCUUCAUUACUCUUUCAAAUUAUCACAUGUACAGAGGAUAUUGCUGAAGCUGCGCAUAAACUAGCAUCGCAAGCACAUUUCAAGGAUGUGAAGCCUAGAGUAACACCAGACCAGGAAAAUUCUGUGAAUGAUGGGCCACACCAUGUUAUUACGAUUGCGGACACAGCGACCUGAUCUAGCUAACACGAAACUCUGGCAAUUAGUCGAAGAGUAAUAGUGUA